AUGCCCAAUCGCAAUUCCAAUGUCAGUUCUUCUGUAGACAAUGAUCAAUUUCAUGACGUCCAGCAGCAGCAUUACAGCCAAAAUUCCGAUCUCGGUCGUCUCUCGCGUCUUUCAGCCAAUGCUGUAAAACUCAAUCAAAUUCAUCACAUUAAGAUCUGCGCGACGUACGACAAGAAUGGAGACGGUACGACUAUCUACGUUAUGAACGUCUACUUGCGGUACGUACAAAAGGGUCUCCCACCACCAUCGGUGUUUCAGGGUGAGAGCUUGAAAGAACAGAGAAAACGGCUGAAAAUAGAGCGAGAGAGGGAACGCCCUAUGUACCAGGUAGAGCAUCGGUAUUCGGUAUUUCGGGAGCUACGGAGACGCGUCAUGAAGACUGUCAAUGCACAAGGAGAGGACAAGUACCAUCACCAAUGCUCUUAUUGCAGCCGUGUCAAGUUUAUCGAUUCGUCGACCAUCUUUCCACCUCGCGUACCAAAUCGUGGAUUCUUGGCAUCAUGCACGGGCUGGCGGCAGAUCUGCACGUACUUCCGCAAACGCCAGCUUGAACGCUUUGUCAAUCAAAUGCUCUGGGCAGCAAAGGACAUGUCGUAUCGUACCGGAAGCGGGCGGUGCGACCGGUUUCUAUUGGUCUCGGAGAUCCUCAACUCGUUUUUAUCGGCGGCGAGCAUGGAGGCGACGGAGAAUGUGUGGUGA